AUGGAAAUUAAAGAUCAACAUGAAUUGAAGGCGCCGGCGGAGAUGAAAACACCCUACAGAAAUAGGGACAAAAGUAAAUACUGUCAUUUCCACAAGGAUUGUGGUCAUGAGACGAAUGAGUGCAAGCAUCUCAAGAGAGCGUUGGAGGAUUUGGCCCGAAAGGGAAAAAUGAACUCUUAUUUACCUUCGUUAGGAAGGAAAUUCCAGAAAAAAGAUAAUCGUCAAGGAAGAAGGAAAGAUGACGAAAGUACUGAUGAAGAUGUUGUAAUGGUAAUAUCUGGGGGAUUCGCGGCUGGAGGACCAACAACUCGCGGCCAUAAAAACUAUCUGAGGGAACUCAGCCAGGUGAUGCUCACCAAUCAGUCAGAGGCUGAUCCUUUCCCCAAGAUAGUGGUCAGUGAGCAGGAUAAGGGAAAGAUAAUAACCCCUCAUGACGACCCGCUGGUGUGGAAAUGA